AUGAAGGCUCUAUUCACGGCUGCAGUAUUAAUAGGUUUGGGAGGAAGAGCCCAGAUCUCAGCACAUAAGGGUUGGACUGGCUUUCCUGCAGCCCCAGAAGCACUGGUGCCUUUCCUGGGGAAACAGGAGGGACUGACAGGGCCAGCCACCCCCAUGGAACUGGAGAGGCUGAGGUUCGUGGGGUUCGGAGGUGCCUCUCUAGUGCCCAGCACUCCUGAGCCCACAGGUCACAGCCUCUCCCCACACCAGGGUUCAGCCGACUCCUAUACCAGCCGCCCAUCUCUGGACUCAGACGUCUCCCUGGAGGAGGACCGGGAGAGUGCCCGGCGUGAAGUGGAGAGCCAGGCUCAGCAGCAGCUGGAAAGGGCCAAGCACAAACCUGUGGCGUUUGCUGUGAGGACCAAUGUCAGCUACUGUGGCGUACUGGAUGAGGAGUGUCCAGUCCAGGGCUCUGGAGUCAACUUUGAGGCCAAAGACUUUCUGCACAUUAAAGAGAAAUACAGCAAUGACUGGUGGAUCGGGCGGCUAGUGAAAGAGGGCGGAGACAUCGCCUUCAUCCCCAGCCCCCAGCGCCUCGAGAGCAUCCGGCUGAAGCAGGAGCAGAAGGCCAGGAGAUCUGGGAACCCAUCCAGCCUGAGUGACAUUGGCAGCCGACGCUCCCCUCCUCCAUCUCUAGCCAAGCAGAAGCAAAAGCAGGCGGAACAUAUUCCUCCAUAUGACGUGGUACCCUCCAUGCGGCCUGUGGUGCUGGUGGGACCCUCUCUGAAAGGUUAUGAGGUCACAGACAUGAUGCAGAAGGCGCUCUUCGACUUCCUCAAACAUAGGUUUGAUGGCAGGAUCUCCAUCACCCGAGUCACCGCAGACCUCUCACUGGCAAAGCGAUCCGUGCUCAACAAUCCUGGCAAGAGGACCAUCAUCGAGCGCUCCUCUGCCCGCUCCAGCAUUGCUGAAGUACAGAGUGAGAUUGAGCGCAUAUUCGAGCUGGCCAAAUCCCUGCAGCUAGUAGUGUUGGACGCUGACACCAUCAACCACCCGGCACAGCUGGCCAAGACCUCACUGGCCCCCAUCAUCGUCUUUGUCAAAGUGUCCUCACCGAAGGUACUCCAGCGUCUCAUCCGCUCCCGGGGGAAGUCGCAGAUGAAGCACCUUACUGUGCAGAUGAUGGCAUACGAUAAGCUGGUCCAGUGCCCACCCGAGUCAUUUGAUGUGAUUCUGGAUGAAAACCAGCUGGAAGACGCCUGUGAGCACCUGGCUGAGUACCUGGAGGUUUACUGGAGGGCAACCCACCACCCAGCCCCCGGCCCUGGGCUUCUGGGCCCUCCCAGUGCCAUCCCCGGACUUCAGAACCAGCAGCUGCUAGGGGAGCGUGGCGAGGAGCACUCGCCCCUGGAGCGGGACAGCCUGAUGCCCUCAGACGAGGCCAGCGAGAGCUCCCGCCAAGCCUGGACGGGCUCUUCACAGCGCAGCUCCCGCCACCUGGAGGAGGACUAUGCGGAUGCCUAUCACGACCUGUACCAGCCUCACCGCCAGCACACCUCGGGGCUGCCUAGUGCCAACGGGCAUGACCCCCAAGACCGCCUCCUGGCCCAGGACUCGGAGCACAACCACAAUGAGCGGAACUGGCAACGCAACCGGCCCUGGCCCAAGGAUAGCUACUGACACAGCCUCCUGCCACCCUGCCCCGGCAGGCACAGGCACAGGCUGGCUGGGGCCCCUGCUCCAGGCAGGUCGGAGUUAGACUGGCAUGAGGCUGGCACUAGGCUCAGCCCCCGAACCCCCCCGCCCAGCCCCAGCUCCAGGCCUGCCUGCAGUCCCGAGGUUCUGGGAGAAGAGCAGGGGGCCCCCUCACCUCCUGGGCACAGUGACCCCCCCCCCCUAGGCUGCCAUUCCAGGAAAUAGCUGUGUGUGCUGCACCCUGGCACCUUUCCUCUCCUCCUGCACAAGAAACUGCCCCACUGGGCAGUGCCCUCAGGCCAGGACCCCCUUAGCAGGGGCCUUCCCACCAGACUCAGGGAAGGAAUGCCACCCAAAGAGACAAGAGGGUGGGGCAUGGGCAGCAUGGCAUGAGGGAGAAACAAGGUCCCUGAGCAGGUACAGUCCUGUCCUAACCUGAGGGACUCAGGGUUCGUGCUUUGGGGUCCGAGGGCCUCUACUCACCUCACUGCCGCACGUGAGACAUGAGACAGUCGAAGCCCAGCAGGGUGGCACUCCUGGCAUCAGCUGGGGUGGGGCAUCCACACAAAGGCUGGAGCAUGGGCAGCUGGGCCAGGGCCAGCUGAAGCUCCAGCAGGGAAGGGCUCUGCCCACCUGCCAGGAAGCAUCUUAACAUCUGAAGGGACCAGGGACUAGGAACAUGGUGGGCUGGGGGCUGGGGGAGGGAGGGCAAGUGUAGCAGAGAAUAUAUGGACGGCUUGCUCCGGGCGCGUCCUUGCCCCACUCAUUCUUUCGCUCUUGCAUCCUAUCUUUUCUGUUUUUGGCCUUCAUGCCUCCCACGCCCAUGGGAUAUGGGCCUCAGACUUUAUUCCCUGAUCCAUAGCUGCUGCUCGUAAGUUAGGAUUAGAGGGGGAGAUAGGACCCAGCGGACAGCCCCCAGAGGCCCUGUCAGCCUGGCUACCCUUGUCUUAAGGCUCUAGUGUGUGACCUACAGAGCAUGCUCCACAAGACCCUGCCCCACCUCACUGUCAUCACUAAUAAACA